UCACUCCUAGAACCGAUAAUCAACUAUAAAGUGCCUACUAUAAUAUCUAAAUUAUGUAUUUUUGAAAUUUAUGUUCUAAAAUAAUAAUUCGUAAUAAUAUUAUACAAUAUUAUAAUAUUACGACUUACGAAUAGGCGUCAUACACGAUACAAAACCGGAUACAACGAGACGUUAUAAACUCAUGAGUAAUACUACGACGUAUAACGUAUAUGUCAGAUGUCCCUGUUUUCAACGAUUAUAAUAUAAUAUAAAAAAUUAGCAAAGCCGUGAUAAACGUACAAACACUACAAACUAUAAAUUAAUGUUAUAUUAUCGUUAACUAUUUAGUAUUUGCUCAACGAAUAUUUUUUUUAGUUGGAAUAACCAACUACUGUAUACUUUACUUAAUUUAUAAUAUAUUUGCAAAAUAAAUCAUAACUAUGACUACUCCAUCAUCCACGACCAGCCAAAAACACAAAGCGUUUUCUGGGGAGCCUAUGCGAGACAAACCAGUUGAAGAUCUCGCUGGUAUUGGACCUGUACUAGCAAACAGAUUAAAAGAACAAGGAUUCAACAAAGCUUACAAUGUAUUGGGCCAAUUUCUUCUUUUACAGAUGGAUCAAGAGUUAUUCUGUGACUGGUUAAAAGAUAGCAUAAAAGCUAACUCAAAACAAUCCAAAGAUUGUCAUGCUUGCUUAAAAGCAUGGUGUGAUGAAUUUUUGUAGAUUAAUUUUGUAUUUUGUAAUAAUAAUUCUAUAUCCUUA